AUGUCCACCCGUAAGAGAAAGCAAGAAGCCGAAGAAGAGGAAGAGCUCCAGGCGCUCCCUAGCGAUGAGAGCGAGGAGGAAGAAGAGUAUGAGGACUCAGAAGUAGGCGAGAGCGAAGGAGAAGAAGAAGGAAGUGAAGAGGAGAUUCCUUCCGAUGAAGAAGAGGAAGAGGAAGAAGAAGAACCUGCUGAAGACCAAGGCCCCCCUGCUCCCAAGAAACGCAAGACAGCAGCCGCUCCAGCUGAAGACGAAGAAGGUGAGGAAGAAGUAAAAGCAAACGGCAAAGAGGCUGGUGAAAACGGAGUCGGAGAGGACGACGAAGAAGAAGAGGAAGAAGAUGAAGGUGAAGAAGAAGCGCCCGAGGAGACAGCCAAAACCAGUGGCCCUGCUUCCUCUGCAGCCAAGGCCAAGGGUGACACUGUUCCAAAGGAACCUGAAGUCGACACUGGAGUCGAAGAGGAGAACGAGUGA